AUGACUAAGUCGAAACAGAGCGUUGAUCUUGGCCACUUUUGGCAACCUCCCGCCCCGGGCACCCUGCGCAUAAAUAUUGAUGGGGCUUACACAUCAGGCCAUACAGAGGGCUCGAUCGCCUUUAUCUGCCGGGAUAAAUCUGGAUGUCUGCAAGAGGGGCUUACCCGAUCUGUGCAGGCGGCGUCGGCGUUGCAGACGGAAGCUCAGGCGCUAAUCUUUACUCUUCGUCACCUGCUUCAGCAAGGAAAGAUGAGCACAUCUCUGGAGAUCGACUUGGAUUGUUUACUUUUAGUGGACUCCCUCAACAACCAGCAAGAACCCCCAUGGGAGAUUUGCCCCCUUGUCUACGAAGCCGUCGAUCUGUGUCGUCAAUUUCUCAACUUGAAUAUUAGGUUUUGUAAGAGGGAAACCAACUCUGUGGCUGAUUGGGCAGCAAAGGCCCACAGCAACGGUACCCUUUCCCCUUCAUGGGCCGUCUCCCCUCCACCUCCCUUCCUUUCCCUGCUUAUUUCGGAUACUGUAGCAGCCGCAUGUAUUUCGUUCCCUUAUCUAUAA